AUGAAUUGUCUGUCUAUUAAUCUAAGGGGGGUGCAGAACAACAGGAAAUCGGAUUGGAUUCGUGGACUUAAAACAAGUUAUGGUGUUCAGUUCCUCGCAAUACAGGAGACUAAAGUACAGGACUCUGAAGCCUUUGUGUUCAACCAGUUUUGGGGUAGGGCCGAAUACAAGAUUGCUACUGUGAACUCUCAAGGAAGGCCGGGUGGAUUAGCAUGUUUAUGGUGUCCAGCUGUGUUCAGGUGCGAUAAUUUAAUUCAUAACAGGUACUUCAUUGUUGUCUCGGGUAAUAUGUUUAGGUCUGGGUGUAGAGUUAAUUUGAUUAAUGUGUAUGCACCGAAUGAUGCGGCUAGUAGGCGCGCCGUUUGGGUGGAAAUCUUGGGGAUUAGGAACUCAUUACAAGGGUUAUGGAUAAUAAUGGGGGAUUUCAAUGAGGUGCGAAAUGCUAGUGAACGUAUGAACUCAGAAUUCAUUGAAUCUAAUGCAGAAGCUUUUAACCAGUUUAUUUUAUCGGCCGGGUUGGUGGAAUACAAUAUGGGUGGAGGAAGUUUCACUUAUAUAUCAGACAACGGUAGAAAAUUGAGUAAAUUGGAUCGAUUUCUAGUAUGUCUGGGUUUUAUGGAGAAUUGGCCUAAUGCAUCGGUCACUGCUCUUGACCGUGAAGCGUUGGACCACCGUCCUAUUGUUUUAUCUAUCUCUUAG